AUGGGGCUGGUGCUGCGGGCUCCUGCCCCAGUCGGACCCCCGCGGCGGGAGCGUCCCGCGGCUGUCAAACUGCAGCUGCGCCUCAUGGAAACGGGACCACUGCUCCCGAGGCCACGGCGAGGAGCAGGGCUGCCUCCCCAGCUGGGCUCCCUGCUCUCCGCCCCGCGCUGGCGGGCACGCGUCCGCUUACCCCAUUGCAAUGGCGUCGCUUUGCCGAAACGCUCAGGGCCACGAAACCGUGCGGCGGGAAGAUGGAAUCCUGAGAAUCAAAUUGAGUCUUGUUCUUGUUUACUUUUAGAUGCCUGUCUUAGAUGUCAAGCUGAAAACAAACAAGAAGAUUGUGUUGUGGUUUGGGGAGAAUGCAACCAUUCCUUCCACAAUUGCUGCAUGUCCUUGUGGGUGAAACAGAAUAAUCGCUGUCCCCUCUGCCAGCAGGACUGGGUAGUCCAGAGAAUAGGCAAAUAA